UAGUUUUGACUUGCGGCGUUUCCGGGAAGAGGGAGCUCCUGACUGCUGUGUUAAAACGACCAAGCCCUCUUGUCAAAGAUCUCGGCUUUUUGCAGCGGUUUUUAUUCUGAAUGUGUUUUAUAUGUUUAUGUGUUCUGAAACAUUUGCUUCGGGCUGGCUCUUAUCGACAACAUUACUACUAGAUUUUAUUUAAAAGACAGAUUAAAGGGGCGACUGUGUGAAAACUUGGGAAGACUAGGAGUUACUUCACUCUGCCGAGUUGUUGGGCGACCGACUUGUACUUCUUCUGUACCAUACAACCAACAACAUCAACAACAACAACAACAAGAAGUGGCAUAAAAAGAGCUGUUCUUGCAGAAUUAAUGGAUUACAAACGCUUCAGCGACGAAAAUUACAAACACUGGCUGCAGGCGGCUGAGAGUCUCUACAUACUGAGGAGCCACAUCCGAGAGUUUGUUGGAAACGAAACCGAAACUUUUCACAAGUCUCUUCGGGAAAAGCUCAAAAAUGUAAUCUGUACAUCAAAAUGUAGUCUCCUUAAAUGUUCACCAAAACAAAAGCAGUUGCCUAUUUGUGAUAAGUGUAAGCCGUGGAAAGAUGCAAUCCUUCAGAAUCAUAAACAUAAGGGUAUUGACAUACCCUGGAAUAACUGCCAGCCAUACCUGUGGCCUACAGACAAAUGGGAAGUGGCCAAGGUUUAUAUGAUACGUGGAGUAAAAAACCACCGCAGUUUUGAUGACUUUGACAUUUCUUCCAUUCUGAACUUCAUGUAUCACUGCAAGCACUUUGAAGCCUUUGCAGAAGGCCAGAACCUGACCAAGGUCAUUAAUGUCAGAAACAAAGUGAUGCAUUCCCCUGACUUCACUUUAAAGAAAGAGGAGAUGGAUGAAUGUAUAAACAAUGUUCAGGAGCUGGCUAACACUUUUAUAAAAUAUGCACCUGGAUUAAAAACCAUUUCAAAACAGAUAAAGCAGUUUAAGUGCAUUUUGGAGAGGUGCAGUAGGCAGGAUUCAGAGAGUACAGCAGACAGCAAGAAAGAAAGUCUAAAGCUGCUAGACAUAGAGCAACACGCCCUGAAGGAGAAGAUUGAGUUCCUGGCCCAGCGCUAUGAAGAAAAUCAAGGCACAGAGCUCAAAGAAGAGUUGCAGGGCAUGAAGAACUUCCUGGACCAAAACAAAGAUUUGCUGGAGAACUUGGGCCCUCAGGUGAACCGGCUGAAUGAAAUACAAGAGAAAGUGAACAAGCACGAGGAGGAUAUCAACACACUGAUCACCCAAGUGGACUGGCUGAAAAAAGUUGCACCUGACCCAAUGUUCACUGGUGAAGCACUUAUGUUCAAGAAUCAUGUGUUUGAAAUGGCUCGAAAAAGGAAAAUACCAGAACCUGAAUUUAUGGAGGAAAGUGAAGCUGGUGGUUACAGGGGUAUUGUGAAUGUGAACGGGCAAACAUUUAGAGGUACGCAGGUGUGUAAUAAUAAAAAAAACGCUCACCAAGAGGUUGCUAAGAUAGCCCUGGACUUCAUGAAAUCCAACCCUGAGUGGGGAGAAGAGACAGCUGAAACCACUUCAUCAAUAUCCUCAUCUACAGCAUCGUCAAGCAACAUCUAUUAUGGUAUUGUGAAUGUGGAGCUCAACAACCAAGAGGUUGUGUCUGAUGGUUGUGAUAAUGAGCAGGAAGCUACUGAAUCAGCUUACAGGAAACUAGCCUGCCAGUUUGGCCUGACGUCUCUUGAAGCAGGUCAUUCUUUUAGGACAGCAGUCCUGGAGCAUUUUCAGAGGUGUAAUUUCCCGACUCCAUUGGAACUCCCAGUUCGCCAAGAUGAUAAAUUCUUAUGCAAACUACAGCUCAGUGGGCGUUUCACCUUUUACGACAAAGAUGGCUCAUCAAAGAAGAAACUGGCAGAACAUCAGGCAGCUAAGGUCGCCCUGCAAUAUUUGUCAGGGAUCCUUAAUUGCAGGUCUCCAACUAAUGCUGGUGACAACUGGAUAGGAUUUCUGAAGGAAAGUCUAGAUGUUCUUGGUCUGCAGAAACCUGACUAUGAUUUUACUGUUAACAAAGUAUGCAUCAGUCAAGAAGCAGAGGGAGCCACACCUAGUGAAGACAAUUCACAAAUAUCCGCUACAAAGGUAGAUAACAAGAACGAUAGCCUUCAAGAAAGGAACACUGUCACUGAGGUCCUGGAUUUACCUACAGCACACACAGUCAAAGCUGUUGACUGUCAGAAGACAGAAACACUGGACUUCAGUGCUCCAGAGAUGUCCAGUCAAGCACCCAAAGAACUAGAUUCUUCAGUUUCAGGCACUAUCUAUAACAGUUCUGUGACUGUGGUCCUCAACAACCAAAGGGUUGUGUCUGAUGGUUAUGAUCAUGAGCAGGAAGCCAUUGAAUCAGCAUACAGGAAACUAGCCUGUCAGUUUGGACUGAAUUCACUUGAAAGUAAAACAGCGGUGCUGGAGCAUUUUCAAAGAUGUAAUUUCCCGCCACCACAGGAACACACAGAUUGCAAAGACGAUAAGUUCUUCUGUAAACUCCUGCUCACUGGUCGCUUCAUGUUUUAUGACAAAGAUGGCUUUUCAAAGAAGAAACAGUCAGAACAGCAGGCAGCUAUGAUUGCCCUUAAACAUUUGUCAGGACUGUUUAACUACAGUUUUGAGGCUGAACCUGGCAAAAACUACAAAGGGAUUCUGCAGGAACAACUCCAAGCUCUCUAUCUCCAAAACCCUGUGUACAAAUAUAGAAUACAGGAAAGUGAAGAUUUGGAGCGUCCCAGUAUAAGUAGCGAUUAUUUACACUCAUCCUGCACAACACCCAGUAUCAAGAAAUUUUGUCCUCAACCAAACAACAGUUUCAGUCAGGAGUGUCUGGUGACCGAAACACAGGAUGCAGGUCCUCUAGACAAACCCAACAAACCCCCCAACAUGGAUAAUACAGCCAUCGACAGACUUCUAGCAUUGUUUAAUCUGAAGCCUCCAUCUGUAAAUGUAGAGAGCAUCAGCACUGAGAUGGUUUUCACUGGUCAAGUGGACAUACAGUUGGAAAAAUUCACAUUUCAAAACAACAAUGAUUAUACUAACAAGAAAGAUGCCUUUCGGAAAACCUAUUUAUUGCUUGGGAAUGCGUUGGGGAUUUCUAAAACACAAUUAGAUGAAAACAAUGCUGCCAAGCUGGUGAAACAGCAUUUUUCCCAGAAUAAUCUUACCCAUCCUAAAGAAGUCUUUCAAAACAAGUGUUCCCUGAAUGAUAUAACGUACAAUUUAUUCUAUAAUGGAGAAGGCUCCACUGAGGUAGACGCAAAGCAGGAUGCACUGCAGAAAGCCCUGGACACACUAACCUUGCUCUUUGGGUUCAACUCUUUGCCAAAGUGUAGCAGAGUUGAGGAAACCGAAGUUCAGAUUAAUUCCUUACUAAAAACAAAAGGUCAAAAAGACGUCAUUUAUUCACCUCAACACAACCUAUAUAAAAUGUCGGUUGAGCUCCUGUUCAAAGAUUACACCAUGGAGAGCAAACAAGAAAAGAAGAAAAAGGAAAAUGCUAAUAAUCUCAGUAGACGCAUUCUGGGCCUGUUAGCGGUGAAGCCAGACCCAAAUACUUUAUCUUUAAGAAACUGCCUAGAUGAAUGGUUUAUACAGAACGAGCAGAAGCAGCCUGUGUUUGAGAACACUGAGGAGGCUCAUGGAUCGAAAGUCACAUUUUCUGUCAAAGUUUCCUGCUCAAAUCCAAACUGGGAAGACAGCGUGAAAGUUGCAGAAGAAAAGUUGGUCGAUGCGCUUAGGGAAAGGUUAGAUUGUCUGACUAAUUAAGGCAGAGUAUUAUGAGAUAUGGUACAGAAUUUUUUUCCAAAGGUCUCUUUGUUCUUGUGUGAGCAAUCUUUUUCCACAAUGACAGUUACCUUAACAUUUCCAAGUUACUUUUAUCAAUUCACUUAGCAAGUUUUUUAGGACAUCUGUUGUUAAAUAGUCAUAUUCUUGACCCCUCUGAUCUCUCCAAUUAUUGUUCAAUAUCCAAUAGAACUUUUCUAUUCAAGAUUUUGGAGAAAAUUGUCACCCAGCAAGUCUGCUCUUUUCUAAGCCAGAUGAUGUAUUUCAGACAAGGGGUUGGGUUUCCUGAAACAUUUGUAAUGCAGAGUAGGACAUUAUCUCAUUCGUAAGAAAGUCAUUCAAUCAACGAUCAUUUCCAGAAAAUGAUUCAUAACUGGUGUAGACUUGUUUGUAAAUUAGCAAGUAACAAGACCAAUUCAUUAUUCUCUAAAAACCUCUUGCAUGCAGUGCAACCUAAUUUCUGUACAAAUAGAUUUUGUACUCCCUUUUGUUCAAAGUUUUGGCCAAAAUAUUUAACUAUAUUGUUACAGAAAUGUAGCUUUCUUUUUUUAUUAAACCCUUGUAUAAAAGCAAUAUCACACAAACGGUUAUAAGCACUGCUCACAUGCCAGUAUCCAGUUUAACACCACGAUUGCGACGAUGAUGUUGCUUUUAUACAACAGUUUGUUUGAUAAUAUGAAAUUAAUUUUAAUAUACUGACUUUAAGCCACAGCUUGACUGUUGGGUGUUGGGUGUUGACUGACUGUUAUACUAAAUAUAAGCACUACUGGAGCACCACUGUCUGAAAAAAGAGACAGUAUUAAUUAGGUUAAUUUAAUAUUUAUUCAAGACAGCCAAAGCUAAGCAAUCUCAAAAACAGUAAACAUGCACAGGUCAGGAGAUCAGGCAGCGGGCAGAUGUAAUUUACCAAGAUGACCAAGCAGUGACAAAAGGCUUGGGGAACACGUGUUGUGAAACUAAAAAGUACAAUCAGAUGUCCGGUGACUGUGAAAGUGGACAGGCGACUGUGUUGUGGGAAGCGGAGUCCAUGUUUGUAGUUUACUAUAUGUAUUGGGAAAUGGAGUCUGUAGAUUUACUUGACCUGACAGAUGCUUCCCUAAUCAAAAUAGUUGACCAUUUCUGUUGUAUUUGUGAAACUAAAUCAUUAACAAAUACACACUAAAGAUAGGAACUUUAUUAAUCCAGAAGGAAAUUCUUUGCCAGAGACAGAAAAAAUAAAUAUACACUCCCAGUCAAAUGUUUGGACACACCUUCUAAUUCCAUGGUCUUUCCUGAUGUUUAUUUCUUUCUACAUUGUAAAACAAUGCUGAAGGCGGCCGAAAUACACAAUAAUGUCCUUUGAACAGUUGAUAUUGAGAUAUGUCUGCUACUGAUGCUCUGUAAAGCCUUCAUAACGGCUCUAAUCUGAGGUGCUGUUAAUUGGUGAUUUCUGAGGCUGGUAACUCUAAAUGAACUUCUCCUCUGCAGCAGAGGUAAGUUUUGGUCUUGCUUUACUGGGAUGGUCUUCAUGUGAACCAGUUUCAUCAUGGUGCUUGAUGGGUAUUGUAAAUGCACUUGACAAUACUGUUCUUGCAAGAACUAUUCCAGAACACCUGACCUUCGUGUCUUAAAAUAACAACUGCCUGUUUUUUGUUGUCAUUAUAUACGGAUUACUUAAGUCCAUGUGUGUUAUUUCAUAGUUUUGAAAUCUCCAGUAUUGUUCUAGAAUGUAGAAAAUAAAUCCCUAAACAAAAAACAUUGAAUUAGAAAGUGUGUCCAAACUUUUGACUGGUAGUGUAUAUAAAUAUAUAUAUAUAUAUAUAUAUAUAUAUAUAUAUAUAUAUAUAUAUAUAUACACAGCAUUAUAUUGUACAACAAUUGUGACAGUAAAUAUUGCACAUGACAUUACUAUUGUACUUGAAAUUGCUAACUGGAAUUGCACAUGAUAGGAAGGAGAUGAGUUGAUCUGAUUGGAUAUCUUAACACUAUGUUUUACUGUGUCAUUAAUACCAAAUUCAUUCAUCAUUUUUACAUUUGUGUUUCUCUGCACCACAUUAUCGUCUGAAGCAGCGGUCACAAACAUGCCAACAAUAUUUAGCCUGUUGAUCUCAUGUCUUGUUCAUGCAUAUGCCUCAUCCCUGGUCCUUUAUGAAUCAUGCGCAGAGAAGGAGGGGAGAGGCCAGGCCUACUAACUGAAAGUCAUUCACUGCUUUGUUAAAGAAGUGGAGGUGUCAGAAACACUCGAGUUCAAUGGCAUAUUUACUUUAUUGUUUAUUUUGCUAUUUCUGUGGUGUCUGUCAUCAACUUUUGUUUAAAAAGUCCAUGGAAUAAGUCUCACAAUGCAUUUUUUUUUACUAUUUAGUUAUCCAAAGUUCAUUUUCUAUGAAAAAGAAGUAGAUUCACUUUCAUUUUAGUUAUUAUAAUGUACACCAAUCAGCUGUAACAUUAAAAUCACUUAUUAUGUCCUUACACUGGCACCUGUCAAGGGGUGGGAUAUACUUCUCAUCAAGUGAAUAGACAGUUCUUGAAUGUGACAUGAAAAAGGGCAAGCAUAAGGAUCUGAGUGACUUUCACUAGGGCCAAAUUGUGCUGGUUAGAUGACUGUAUCAGAGGCUCUCCAAAACAGCAGGUCUUGUGGAGUGUUCCUGGUAUGCAGUGGUUAUUACCUACCAAAAAUGUCCCAAGGAAAGACACUCAGAGAAUUGGUGACAGGGUCAUUGAUGCAUGUGGCCUGUUUGGUCUGAUUCCACAGAACUGUACCACAAAGUGCUGAGAAAGUUACUGCUGGAUAUGAUAGAAAGGAGUCUGAAUGUACAGUGCAUCACAGCUUGCUGUGUAUUAGGCUGCAUAGCCACAGACCAGUGAGAGUGCCCAUGCUGACUCCUGUCCCUCAGUGAAAGCCCCUAUGAGUCAACGGGUCAGAGGAGGUGGCACAAAACAGGCAGACCUGCGCAAGUGGUUUUAAUGUUAUGGCUGAUCUAGUGUUACAAAGCUUUAUUUAUUCAUAUAGAUCAGGCUUUCUACAGGCUCUGGAGUUUGUUGUAUUGUAUUGAAGUAGUGUAUAGGGUUUCAUCUGCACAUUUUCAUUCGGGGUGUUCUUCUUAUUAUAAACUGACAUUCUAAUUAUUAUUGUGAGACUACAGUAGCUUUAGUAGUGUACAGUUAGGAUUCAGUAUUGUGUUCCAACUGAAAGCAUGUAGCUGGAAUAAAAAUACAGUUCCGCACGUUUCUUACCACAUCCUGAAAAAAAAAAAAAAAGCCAAAAA